AUGGAUAAUGACUUCAAACCUGCAUCUAUUGAUACAUCCUCUGAAGGAGACCUUGAAGUUGGCAAAGGUGAACAGGUGACAAUAACACUGCCAAACAUUGAGGGUUCAACUCCACCAGUAACAGUUUUCAAGGGCUCCAAGAAACCUUAUCUAAAGGAAUGUAUCUUAAUUAUCAAUCAUGACACUGGAGAAUGUCGACUGGAAAAACUUAGCAGUAAUAUCACUGUGAAAAAAACCAGAGCUGAAGGAAGCAGUAAAGUUCAGUCUCGUAUUGAGCAGCAACAGCAGCAAAUGCGAAAUGCCAAUAAGACUCCAAACAAUGUUAAAAAUUCUCCACCAAAAGAAAAGAUGUCUCCAUCUUCUCCAAUGGACGACAUCGAGAGAGAGCUAAAGGCAGAGGCUAGCGUCAUGGACCAGAUGAGUAGCUCUGACAGUUCAUCUGAAUCAAGAAGUUCAUCGUCGUCUUCAUCCAGCAGUGAAAAUAGUUCUAGUGAUUCAGAAGAUGAAGGGGCUAGGCCUUCUCUCCCUAUGUCAAUGCCUUGCUUGCAACCACAGCCUACCAUGUCUGCCAUACCACAACAGGCCACCCCUGACAUGGAUGCCAGUCAUAACAAAUCACAAGAGCGUGGUGGCCAUAUGAUGAAUACACUAAGAAAUGACUUGCAGUUGAGUGAAUCUGGAAGCGACAGUGAUGACUGAACAAGAUUUUGGCCUUAAAGAUGCAUCACCUCUCUUUGCUAAAGCUGUCAUAGCAUCUAUUUUGCACUAAGAUUAGAUUACCCAAGAGUGAAAUGAAUGUCCUCAAUUUUUGGAAACAGACAUAUCUUAGUUUUCUCCUGGCACAUCACAUCUAUGGUACUGCAGCACUGAUGUAUGAUCACUGCUCUGGUACUUGCUUGUCUCUUCCAAAUUACUGUAUUACAGUAUCAGUUCUUAUGAACAGAUUCUGGAUUUUGCCUCAACCACCUGUCGUACUUGAAUCUGAUUUAUAACAGCUAGUUACUUUAUAUAAUAGAUAUGGGAAUGGGGGAAUUUCUAAUAUUUAUGGAGGCAAGUUUCCUUACAGUUUAAUGCCUUCUUUUAACUUUUUAUGUUACUUUUCUUUUGGAGAGGGAGGAGAUCUGCUGUGUAAGCUACGUUUUUAUUCUGUUCAUAGUUCAGGACUGUAAGGAAACUGCUGAAUAAUACGCAGUUACAGUUUACAUCCCAUCACUGAAUUAUUAGUCUAAUUGUAUUCUAGGACUUUUUAUAUUUCUGAGCCUUGUGUUUCUUAAGGGAACUUGUCUUUUUCCCUGCCUUUACUCGGAGCAGUUGGACUCCUUACAGCCUCUUCCUAUCUGUAUUUACAUAAUUGCAAAGACAGCAAUGAGUUUCCUUCAUUUAGUUUCUGGAACUGAAAUCCUAUAAUUCCUUUCUAGGAGUUUGAUAAAAUUAAUUUAAUAAAGCAAUAUUUAUAAUUUUAA